GGACUUUGUUCGACUAUUUUUGUGGUGGGGGGGAAUUCUUCAUUUUCACCCUUAAUGUUUUUCUGAAAACUUCACUCAGCUUUUUCCCUUGCACCAGCCUGGACUAAUGGAUUACCACCUGCUUGGAUUAAUUUUAUCUUUUCUCUUCAGUGGCACAAAGGUCUUAGCCGGUUACCCAAUUUGGUGGUCCCUUGCUUUAGGCCAGCAGUACACCUCGCUGGGAUCCCAGCCGAUCCUGUGCGGCUCCAUCCCAGGCCUGGUCCCCAAGCAGCUCCGCUUCUGCCGGAACUACAUCGAGAUCAUGCCCAGCGUGGCUGAGGGGGUGAAGCUGGGCAUCCAGGAAUGUCAGCACCAGUUCCGGGGCCGGCGCUGGAACUGCACCACCAUCGAUGACAGCUUGGCCAUCUUUGGGCCAGUUCUGGAUAAAGCCACACGAGAGUCUGCCUUUGUCCAUGCCAUUGCUUCGGCUGGUGUGGCCUUUGCUGUCACCCGCUCCUGUGCUGAGGGUACCUCCACCAUCUGCGGGUGCGACUCACACCACAAGGGACCUCCGGGUGAGGGCUGGAAAUGGGGUGGUUGCAGCGAGGAUGCUGACUUCGGCGUGCUGGUCUCCCGGGAGUUUGCAGAUGCCCGAGAGAACCGUCCAGAUGCCCGAUCUGCCAUGAACAGACACAACAAUGAAGCAGGCAGAACGACUAUCCUGGAUCACAUGCACCUAAAAUGCAAGUGUCAUGGCCUCUCGGGAAGCUGCGAGGUUAAGACCUGCUGGUGGGCACAGCCAGAUUUUCGGGCUAUUGGUGACUACCUGAAGGAUAAGUACGACAGUGCCUCAGAAAUGGUGGUGGAGAAACACCGGGAGUCCCGGGGCUGGGUAGAAACGCUGCGUGCCAAGUAUGCCCUUUUCAAGCCUCCAACAGAGCGGGACCUGGUUUACUAUGAGAACUCCCCCAACUUUUGUGAGCCCAACCCAGAGACUGGCUCGUUUGGGACACGGGACAGAACAUGCAACGUCACUUCUCAUGGGAUCGAUGGCUGUGACUUGCUGUGCUGUGGACGUGGUCACAACACCAGGACUGAGAAGCGGAAAGAAAAGUGCCACUGCAUCUUCCACUGGUGCUGCUAUGUGAGCUGCCAGGAAUGCAUCCGGGUCUACGAUGUUCAUACCUGCAAGUAAACACCACAGGUUCCUAGAAGCAGGUGAAGCAAAUGACUAAGAUUCACCCUAAUUCCAUUGGGAAGAACAGACUCCAGAGCCAAGGCUUGUGCUCAUGGUUCCAGACAGAGGACAAAUGGACUAAAAACCAGAGCAUAUGUGGUAAAACCGUGACCCAUUAAAUGGGAACUUUUCCCUUAACCCCUUUGGGAUUCUUUCCAUGCUAUAGCUGAUGUAUGUUAUUCUUAAGAAGGGGUUACUCUAUUUCCAGGUUGUCCAAGGUCUGAUCUGUAUAAAUUCAUCCCUUUUCUUUGCACAUAUUUAAAAAAAAAAAAAAAAAGUUCUUAAAAUAACAGUACUACUACCCAUUCUACUUGGGCUCAUGCCAGCCAUCUCCUACUAACAGAGCAAUGGGUAAUGGUCAUCCUACCCCAGUCUGUCAUUCAACAUACCAUAUGUUCUCUAAUGCUGGGAUCUAAAAGACUGGGUGGCAGUAACUAUGGAAUGGGGGCUCCCUUUGGCUUAGAAUUCCUCUUUGGUACUCAUCUCGCAUCAAACUUAUCAUAAUCAAUCCACAACUUUAUCCAGCAAAAAGAAAGAAUUAUAAACAUUCAAUGUUGAUUUAGGGCAGCUGAUGCACAAUUGAUUGCUAAGACCAGAGGUGCAGUGAUAGACCUGUCUUCUUUCUAUUAGACUAGUGUAGGGCAUGGAAACAUUAGUAAUUUGUUCACAUGAGGGCUUCAGCCCAGAUGCUAGCACAUCUAUACCCUUACAGAUAGCUUUGAGUUGCAUGCGUGACUACAUGCAUGUUCCAUGACAUAUUACUGCUGGAGACUAUUUCAACAUCUUUGCAGAAGUCGAGGCAUGCAGAUAAGAUGUUACCUGCACAUGGAGUAGCUAGAUGGAAUGGAUCAGAGAGAAUUCCUCUGACCUUCCGUUGCACCACAUUGCCAUGAAUCUGAACUAAAACCCUAGGUAUCCACAGUACAUCAAACCUUGACAUUAGAAAGCUUAUCUCCUGUUACAGCUGUAGGAGCCUGGUAGAUACUCCUGUAAUCAAGAAAUGGAUGAUGAGGCACUAUGAUUUAGCCAGGUUGUACCUCACUGGUAGAACUGCUUUUGCUCUACCUUUUAUCCUUCAAACCGAUGUUUGGCAAAUUGACCAACUUCAACCUUGACAAAUUGCCCCAGAAACGAUAAAAAAAAUAAAUAAAUAAAAAUCUCAUUUUAAUGCUGAAAUAAGUCCCCUUCGCCACUAUUUAUUUCACAAAAAAACAGUACAUUAUCUGAUCCAGGGCAGUGUAGAAGGGAAGAAAUCCAGUUCUCACAGAACAUAAUAGAUGGACACAGUAGAUGGCCCACUCAUUUCAAUUUUGUGGCUGGCCAGAUCAUCAGACCAAAAUCUUUUCUGCUCCUUUAAAAAAUCUGCUGCUGACAAAAAACUAGUGGGGCUCCUGCAGGUGUCCUCAAAAGUGACAGUAAGGAGGUGCUUCCCAAUGAAGAGCUCACUGAUCCCUCUUAUAAAAGUUGUAUAGUUAGCCUUUAACAGCCUGAUGCUUUUCAAGGACUUGUCUGCUCAGGGACAUUUUCUGACAUAGAAGAAGACUUAGAGCAGGCUGUAUAUUCCACUACAGCUAAGCAAUCUAUCUAUCUAGAAUAAACAUCAUUUUAUUCCAGAAGAGCAUGUCCAAAUGGGAAUAUAUACUGGAAUAGCUAUAGUGGAACAGAUAUAGCUAUGCUGGAAAAUUCCCUUGUAGACAAGAACAAAGCCACAGGAGUCCAACAACAGUACUUUCUACCUUAAAAAAAGAAAAAAAUUACAGGAGUGUUAUAAAAAUAAUCCUCCGUAUUUUGGAAAUAAACAGCCUUAUAAUGUGCAUUUUAUUUAAAAGUUAUAUGUUAAAAUCUUGUGUCUGGGGAGACUUCAAGUACCCAACUUUAAGGAAGAGUCUUUUCUUUUUGUUUUAAAUCAAGAAAAAGGUAUUUAAUAACACAUUUAUUACCUUGUAAUCAUUUUCACUGUAGCCAGAUAUUCUAGCACUGAAUGAAAAAUCCUUCCCAUCAACCUGCUGUAUCCAAAGUUUUGUACAAAAUUGUAGAAGUUGUUGAUUUUUUUUAUUUUAUAUUCAGAAAAUUUCUCUUUUUAUAAGCCUUAUUUAUUACACAAUGUAUAUACCUUGGAGUUAACUAAGAGUAUAUAUUAUAUAAAUAUAUAUAUUUGGAGAAAAAUAUAUUUCAACUUGCAGUUUUUUCUGUAUAAGACAUUAAAGAGAAGGUAAAUGAUCUUAAACUGA